CCCUCAACAAGACACUAAGUAUCUAUAUAAACAGAUCACAUAGUCUUAUUCUUGCUGCAUUACAAAGCAAUAGGCAAUUCUUGAAAACAAAUAAAUAAAUGUCGUCUAAAGUUAGUUCUCCUCUUUGCUUGAUAGUGUUCUUCUUCCUCUUCUUAACCAUCACAUAUGCAACAAGACUUGGCCCGGUUUCUUCCCUUAACAUCUCAACCAAUACUCCAUAUGAGGUUUUGGAAGAUGUCGACAUAGAAGAAAAUUGUGAAGAUAUUAAUGAAGAUGAUUGUUUGAUGAGAAGAACACUUGUAGCUCAUACAGAUUACAUCUACACACAGAAGCAAAAUCCAUAGCUUUAAUCAUCGUUUUCUACACCUUGUUGUAAUUUUAUGUGUAACCAUAUGUUUUCAUAUGUUUCUUAAAAAAAAAAUAGGUAUAUUAAAAAAGUUAAUUUUAUGUAAUUAAUUUUUGACAUUUGAAGAUAUAGUGCAGUUAGUUGUUCUCUGAUUUCA